GGGGACAUGGAUAUUUAAUACUAUAAUCUCAUACAUCAUAAUAUCCUUUUUUCUGAGGUAACUCAUACGUCAUAAUAUCUGUAUAGAUCAAAUAUGUGCAAAUAUUUUCUAAUAAACUCGGAGACUUUAUUUUUGAUGGAUUUAUAUUUAUUACAAAAAGAAGAAGAAGAAGAAGGUGAUGGUGAUGGUGUUUAGGAUUGGGACAAAAUUGUAAAAUUGUUAGAACAACGUACCAUGCGGUCAUCCGCAUAUUUUUGCUUCAACUUUCCAAAAUCAUCCAAUGUUAUACCUAUCUGUAAUAACUAUAUGGGAUUAUUAUGGAUAUUCAAUCAUGGAUAAUUCUUGUUUUUGAGUAAACAUAGGAAGUCGAAAGAUUUUCCUCUGCAUAUUUGUUUUCCCCUUCUUUCCCUCUCUCUUUCCCUCUCUGAAAAAACUGCAACAACCCUCAUGAGAGAGAAAGACGAGAAGAAGAAGACGAGCAGUUUCAGAAUAUUUUGAAAAAGGCCAAACACAAAUAAUACGCCAAUUGAAUCUUGGGAGAAAUUAAAAACCAGCCCUUUUUUCGUCUACGAAAAUGGGGUGUUUUUAAGAACAAGAAGAGUUCGCUUCAAUUCCCCCAAAUUUUGUGUGUUUUUCAGUAGUUUCUUCAAUUAUGUGAUCUGGAUUUUUUGUUUUGAUGUGUAAUUCUUCACGGAGAGGAAGAGGGAUUAGAGAGAGAAAGGAAAGCUGUAUGAACAUUGAGAGAGAGAAAGCUUGCGCCCGGAUGAUUUCUGAUGGUUAUUAUACUUCCAAAAAAAGUGAUGAGAUAUGCGAAGAUGAUUGUGACGAGCAAGCUUCCCCAUCAUUUGUAACCAUGUCGAGACUCCGUUGCUUCCUCCACGGUGUAGAUUUCAGAGUAGUUUUCUUCUUCCUCCUCAUUGCCCCGGCAGGGGUCUUCACCAUAUAUUGCCACGGCCAGAAACUCACCUACUUCCUCCGGCCCCUAUGGGAGUCUCCCCCGAAGCCCUUCAUCCCUCUAACUCACUACUACAAUCAAAAUGUGUCGAUGACCACUCUCUGCAAGCUCCACGGUUGGGGCAUCCGUGAGUUCCCGAGGCGUGUGUAUGAUGCAGUCUUGUUCAGCAACGAGGUUGACAUGCUUACCAUCCGAUGGAAGGAGCUAUACCCUUACAUCACGCAGUAUGUGUUGCUUGAGUCGAAUUCUACAUUCACCGGCCUACCAAAACCUCACAACUUUGCCAUACACCGGGACCAGUUCAAAUUCAUUGAGCCUAGAUUGACUUAUGGUGAGAUUGGUGGGAGGUUCCGGAGAGGUGAGAACCCGUUUGUUGAGGAAGCAUACCAGAGGCUAGCCCUUGAUCAGCUUCUGAGGGUUGCAGGGAUAGAGGACGAUGAUCUGCUGAUAAUGUCCGAUGUUGAUGAGAUUCCUAGUGGGCACACGAUUGAUCUCCUUAGGUGGUGUGACGAUAUUCCUCCGAUUCUUCACCUUCAGCUCCGGAACUACCUGUACUCGUUUGAGUUUCAGCAGCACCAGCUCAGUUGGAGAGCUUCUGUCCAUAGAUACCAGAAGGGGAGGACUAAAUACGCUCACUACCGGCAGACUGACUACCUACUCUCGGACUCGGGCUGGCAUUGUAGCUUCUGCUUCCGAUACCUGAGCGAUUUCAUCUUCAAGAUGAAGGCCUACAGCCACAGCGACCGGGUGAGGUUCACCCGAUUCUUGAACCCUAAAAGGAUUCAGGAAGUGAUCUGCAAGGGGGGUGAUCUGUAUGACAUGCUGCCCGAAGAGUACACUUUUAGGGAUAUAAUCGGGACAAUGGGGCCGAUCCCUCACUCUCUGUCGGCCGUCAAUCUCCCCUCCUAUCUGUUGGAGAAUGCGGACAAGUACAAGUACCUUCUGCCCGGACACUGCUUGAGAGAGCGCAGAUGAGGCCGGUGGAUUGAGACGAGGCACACAUGUUUUGGGGACGAGCGGGAAUACUGUAUACAAGAUCCCUCCUAGAGAAGAAGCUUGUUCCAUUUUGAUGUGAAGAGAGCUUCAAUGGUGAUGAUGAUUUGAUUACUGACCACCUAGUGUUUUGGCCCUGCUCUGUUUUCUGCCUUUCAUGGCUUUGGUGCUGUAUAGGAACCGCCAUCAUUGCUCAGGGCAGAGGCUUCUCCAUAAUUUUGGGUUUUUUUUUGUUUUUGAUUUUUGUUUCCUUUUUAUGAAAUAUUCACUCUUCUAUGAAAGGCUAUUUAUUUUUGUAUUCUUAUAGCUUGUACUUUCUUGAUUUAGGACUAAUGAAAUUUUAGCACUGAUGUUUUACUA